CAUUAUCCCACCUACACAGGACCACCACCAACCUCCACAAAAGAAGGUAAAUAACAGCCCACUGUCCGCGACUCCGCAGUCCGCUACUCACUGGUCCAGUCGAUCUUCAGACGCCGAACUAGCAACGUGAUCAGUGUUGAGUCGUGUAUUGGAUGAUUGAUUUACAAGAUAUAGGAACAAGCCAGAAAAAGUCAGUUGAAGUCCUAAAUUGUUAAGCGUUCCUGGCAUAAUUCUACAAAACUGUAAGGCACAGUUCAGUUAAGUAGGUGUGCUUUGUUAAUCCUCCCUCAGGAAAAUGGUUCUCCCCAAAAUUAUUACAACAAAAUGGUAUGGUGAGGGGAAGUCAGUGUUAGAAUUCAAAAGAGCGGCUCAGCUGAGUGAUGAUGAAUCAGAAACUUCUAUCAAGAAGAGUGGAAAAAUAAUUUGUUAUAUGUCUUCAUUGUUCAUAAGUGAAUAUGAAGAAAGGGUUCCAGCACAAUUAGAGGACAAAGUUGCUGCUGAAACUAGUGCAUCAGUACCUUUAAAUGGUGAUUCUCUUCAUUUUGAUGGAAAAGUCUAUAUUUGCCCACCUGAUGUACCACAUGCAAUAUGGCAGUCAUGGCAUGAACACUGGGAAAAUUGGAAGGAAAUUUACAUUCCACUGUCAUGGAUUCAGAAGAAUCGCAGCCUCUGUAAAGAUUCCCAUGUAGAAUGGCAUGACUCUUACAUUCAAGACUAUCCAUGGGUAAUCCCUGUCAUUCAAGAUGGACUUGAUGAGAUUAUGUAUACAUCUGAUUCUGUGUCUAAAGACAAAAGUGAAGAGGAGCUCCUGGAAAAAGCUGACACUGUAGAGAAGCCCCAAGAAAACACCAACACUGAGGAGGAGCCUGAAGAAAAGGCAGACACUUACAGCAAGCCCCAAGAAAAGACUGACACUGAUAGGAAGUCACAAGACGAGGCAUACACUGACAAGAACCUUCAAGAAAAUGCAGAAACUGAUGAGAAACCCCAAGAAAAUGUAGAAACUGAUGAGAAACCCCAAGAAAACUUAGAAACUGAUGAGAAACCCCAAGAAAAUGUAGAAACUGAUGAGAAACCCCAAGAAAAUGUUGAUACUGAGGGCAAGUCACAAGGAAAAGCAGAUGCUGUUGGCAAGUAUCAAGUUGAAGCUACUGCUGAAGGCAAGUCUGAAGAUAAGGCAGGCACUGAGGGUAGAGCUCAUUUAAAUAGUGACGCAAAAGAUAACCAUCUAGAUUCUGAAACAAAAAAGAAAUUGGAUAAACUUUAUGCUGAAUUUUCCAACAGUAGGUACUGGGUACAUUUGAGAAGCUUCCUGCAAAAUAAUGGUGUACCGCCCAGUGAAAGUCUGGUAAGUUUUUUCAGGGAACAAGGCCAAGUUGAUUAUUGUAAAGGUAUGAUUAAGCCUGGGGAUUCUAUCGAAGACUUUACAGUGGUUAGUGCUGAGGACUUGGAUAUUAAUAAAUGUGAAGAAAAUGGUAAUGGAGGUAAAGUGCAGUCAGAUGAAGUUAAUAAAUUUGAAGAAAAUGGAAAUGAAGGUAAAGUGCAGUCAGAAACCAAUCAAGUAGAUCCCACUCCUGAUAAUGAAGAAGAAAUUGGUACUAUAAAUGGAAGCAGCUGUGAAUCAGAAUCGUUAGAAAAAACAGGUACAAAGCGUAGGAAAGAGGAUAGGGUAGAAGUAAAUGUGGAAGCUAAUGAAGUUGGAAUAAAUUCUGCAAUGCAAAGUAAGAGGGCAAGACAUGAAAGAAAUCACAUUGUUGUGAAUGGACAUGGACAGGAAGAGCUUGACGAAAGUGACGAGGAGGAGGAAAGUGAAGACGUUGAUAGCUGCAAUUCAACAAAGGUAUUGGAUGGGGCUAAAAUUAAAAGGUCUUCAAAGCAGAAGAGAAAGAAGAAAAUCCUUUCCAGUACAGCAAGCCAUACUGGGCUUGGAUGGUUAAUGAGUUACAUUGGAAAGAAUAAUGAUGAUCAAGAUUCAUCUGGGAAAAGUAAAGCCCAUGAAAAUGAAGUGCCAAAUCCUGAUAAUAUUUUUAGUGUGGCAUACUGCCAAGGAUCACAAGAAACAAUUGCAGGUCAUAUUGAGAGGCUUGCUUCUCUGGGGAACCUUCCCUCUGAAGAUUACCAGUUUAAAGCUGAUGAACUCAACUUGAAGGAAGAUUGCAGGAAAUUGAGUAAGUGCUUUAAUUCUCAGGUAACUGAUGUAUUGUCAUCAAGUUGCAACAAAGAGAGAGAUGUCAUCAGUGAUGAAGACAUUGUCUCUGAAAAGGAGCAUAAUUCAGGCAGUAGAGAAUCUGGUGAAAAUGAUGUAUCUGAAGAUUAUGAGUCAGAUGAAGAGGAAGUUUGUAAAGAUGGAGAAUCAGAUAAUAAUAGUUGUCAUUAUUUCAAAGACAAUUAUAAUGCUUCGGGUAAAAAGGGAACCAUUGCUCUGACACAAAGCAAGCCCUGGUUCUUGACGUCAUUUUCUUCACUGAAGAACUUUUUGCUUAUGGUUGCAUCCCAUAUACAAAGCAUUUUCAUCCCAGUGUACUCCUCCCUAGGUAAUACUAGGUCAGUUGCCAAAAAUAAUUGGAGUUAUCUAGAAUUCUUUCGUAAAAUGGUUGGCUUUCCUGUUAUGGUAAAGUGUAGGGUUAAGAAGAAAUCAAAGAAGUCUUGUCAGGCCAGACUGGAGAAAUGGUUGCAACAAGUAUGCAAUACAAGUGUUUCUCUUCCAGAAAGUGAGCCAUUUACUAGGUUCCAUACUUAUGAGGAUCAGAGAGAGAUGCCAACACUUUAUCAAUCCCUAGAAGUUAUCCGACAAGGGGAUGGCACUUCUUUUCUAGCAGUAAACACUUUCAAUUCUGGAAGGCAUCUAUUUCUCAACAGUUCACAGAAAAACAAUGAGGAUGAUUGGGAAAACUGUCACAUAACAUUUGAUGAGGAUGGAAACCCUGUCAGAGUGCCAGAAAAGACUCUUGAUUCAGAUGACUCUGAUAAGGAAGGGAGAAAUUGGAGUGAGAUCACUGCAAAUCACAAGUAUGUUAGCUAUAAUACUAAUCGGGAAAUUCCACCACCAGAGCUCCCAGAACAUCUUCUUAAGUACUGGGCUCAGCGACAUCGUUUGUUUCUAAGAUAUGAUGAAGGUAUAAGGUUAGAUGACGAAUCAUGGUAUUCUGUUACACCGGAGAUGAUAGCAGCUCAUCAUGCUUAUAGAUGUAAGUGUGAUGUUGUUAUUGAUGCCUUUUGUGGUUCUGGAGGCAAUGCUAUUCAGUUAGCCAGUACUUGCAAGUCUGUGAUUGCAAUAGACAUUGAUCCUGCUAAGAUAGAACUGGCACGCCACAAUGCAACCAUUUAUGGAGUUCAAGAUCGUAUUAAAUUCAUUGUUGGUGACUUUUUGGAAUUGGCUCCUACACUGAGUGCUGAUGUUGUUCUCCUGUCUCCUCCUUGGGGUGGUACAGAAUAUUUUCAAGAGAGAGUAUAUGAUGUAAAGAAACUUGGAGGUACCAUGGAAUGUGAAAAGAUAAUGCAAGCAGCUCGUUUAAUUACAAAAAACAUUGCUCUUUACCUUCCAAGGUCUAGUAAUUUGUGUCAGAUUAUUGAACUAGCUGGACUAGGUGAGUCUGUGGAUUUGGAGUAUAAUUAUAUGAACAAGAAACUGAAGGCUGUCACUGCAUAUUUUGGUAAACUAGUCCACUAUUAGUCUUCAUUAGACUCUGGUGUUCAUAGAAAUUCUUACAUGAACAGUCCUUUAUUUUUCUCAGUUCACAAUGUAAAUAAUAGUUUUUAGAAUGAAAAAUACUAUUUUUAUAGUCCUUUUCUAUUGACAUUUUUUUUCCAUGUUGAGUGAUUAGCCUUUCCUUUCUCAUGUGGUGCAGUAUUAUCAGACAGUCUCCAGUUCCUAACGUUGAGAAUUUUUCAAUCUAAUUAAAGUUCUUGUAUAUAUUUAAAUGCUCAUGAUAAUGCAAAGGAUUUAAGUCUAUACUUUGAUUUUAGAUAAAGACAUCAGUAACUUUUUGCAUCUGAGGAUUUUACUUGCAAGUAAUCUUUCAUUGAAGUAUUGAUUUUGGUUAACUGAUAUUGAAGUAUUGAUUUUGGUUAACGGAUAUUGAAGUAUUAAUUUUGGUUAACUGGGAUGAUUUGCUUUAAUAUAUUAGUUUCAAGAUUAUCAGUUUUGCUUUAAGCAAAUGUGGGGUAAUUAAGUUAUUUUUAUCUAGUUAUUGCUACGGUCACAUUUUAUGAUAUCUUAAUUUUACAAUAAACUAUUGAUAAGUGAUCUAGUUAUGACAUGAAAUCUGAAUCUCAGGUUUUAUUUUUUUCCAUUUCUAGAGAAAUAUUUUCUGUAUGAAUAUGCAGAGAAAUUGGUCAUGCUUCAAAAAAUUUUCAUAGAACCUGUAUUGGAUUUUUGAAAAGGCAUUGCAUAAUAAUAUUUACAUUUCUUUUGCAGUGUUUGUAAGUUAAAUUUUCCUAAUUAUAAAUUUGAGGUUGAGUUAUUAUGUAGCCUAGUACACAUUAUCACGUACCUGAUUCUGUUAUUCUGUGUCAUGUAUAUGAUGGUUGUUAGAAAAGUUUGUGAGAGUUGCAAGUUAUUGACUGGAAUGUUCCUAUUAUGUAUGGGAUUUCUAUUCUGAAUAAAAGUGACAUGAUUAUAGCUGUUCAGAACUGUAUUUCUUUAAGAAUGUGACUGCGACUAUGUUGAGGGCAGUGAAUUUGGCACUGUCUUCACCUUUAAUUUAUAUUGUAGUUUUGUAUUUUCUUCAAAAAAAUAAAUUAUAGAACCUUACUAUUAAAUUCAUAACCAUUCAUAUUCUACAAAUUUACAAAUUGGUUUCUUGCUACUAAAGUUAUUAAAUUAUAUCAUCUGUUACCUAUGUUAAGUUGGCCAAAGGUUAUACAGUUUAAAAAAAAUUUUUUAGUACAUAGUAUAAUGAUUUAUCUUGACUUACGUCCUUGUGUUUCACAGUAAUAAGUUGGUUGAUGCGACAGGUGAGGUAAUUUAGGAUUUAUUUUAUUUUUAAAAGUUCAAUCCCUUGUGCAUAUUUUUAGGUAAGUGCAAUCUUCAAAUCAUGUUCCUUGUAAUUUUGUUUUUUAUGUAGAAUAAAGGAUACAAGUAUGGAAACUUAAUUAAUUCUGUUCAAAUCAUAUAUAAAUACAUGUUUUCUGUUUUUACACUACAGUAUUUUGUAGAAUAGUAUAUUAAUAAAGCUGUUUUGAAAUA